AUGAUAGAUAGAGAUUUGAUGAAUCAGGUUUGUAGUAUUAUCUAUUUAUUGGUAUCGAUUAUCUUUGGGUUUUGUAUAUCAUUCUUUAAUGUUCAUGUAUUCAUCUAUGAAUCUCUUUAUAAUAUUGAAUGGAAAAUAGUAUUACCAGUGUUUGGUGGACAAGUGUUGAUAUACUCUUUACUCUUCUUUUAUCCAUUGAGUAAAUUGGUUAAAAAGAUGACAAAAGAAGAUGAAGAUAGUCUCAAACAAUACAAUAACAAUGUAAUGAUGAAUCUAUUACAUGACCCUACCAUCAUCUAUCAACAACACAAUCACAGUGUACAUCAACAUCAACAUCAAUAUUCAACUCCAACUUCAUCUGUCACUCCUACUAUCAACUGA